AUGGACAGCCAAAGAACUAGGGAGGCAGCCAGCAAAGCCAUGAUAUUUCCAGGGAAAUGUCAGAGCCCUCAGAAGGACUUGUGGAACAUCUUCCAGUUGUGGGUUUGGACAGUACUCUGCUGCGAUUUCAUGACACAUCACGGAACCGACUGCUGGACUUACCAUUAUUCUGAAAAGCCCAUGAACUGGGAAAAGUCUAGAAAGUUCUGCCAAGAAAAGUACACAGAUUUAGUUGCCAUACAAAACAAGCAGGAAAUUGAGUACCUGGAGAAUACACUUCCUGCCAGGCGUUCUUACUACUGGAUAGGAAUUCGGAAGGUAGAGGGGGUAUGGACUUGGGUGGGAACCAACAAGUCUCUCACUGAAGAAGCAGAGAACUGGGGAGAUGGGGAGCCCAACAACAAGAAGACCAAGGAAGACUGUGUGGAGAUCUAUAUCAAGAGGACCAAAGAUGCAGGAAAGUGGAAUGAUGACUCCUGCAGCAAGCCAAAGACAGCCCUUUGUUACACAGCUUCUUGCCAGCCCUGGUCAUGCAGUGGCCACGGGGAAUGUGUGGAAAUCAUCAAUAACUAUACCUGCAACUGUGAUGUGGGGUACUAUGGGUCCCAGUGUCAGUAUGUGGUUCAGUGUAAGCCUUUGGAAGCUCCAGAUCUGGGUACCAUGGACUGUACUCACACUUUGGGAAACUUCAGCUUCAGCUCACAGUGUGUCUUCAAUUGUUCUGAGGGAACAGACUUAAUUGGGAUUGAAGAAACCACUUGUGGACUAUUUGGAAACUGGUCAUCUUUAGAGCCAUCCUGUCAAGUGAUUCAGUGUGAACCCCUAACAGCACCUGAUUUGGGGACCAUGGAUUGUAGUCAUGGCCUGGCAGACUUCAGCUUUAGCUCUAUGUGCAACUUCAGCUGCUCUGAGGGGACUGAGUUAAUUGGAGAGAAGGAAACUAUAUGUGAAUCUUCUAGAAUCUGGUCCAGCCCUAGUCCAAUAUGUCAAAAAUUGGACAGGAGUUUCUCAAUGAUCAAGGAGGGCGAUUAUAACCCCCUCUUCAUUCCAGUGGCAGUCAUGGUCACUGCAUUCUCUGGGUUGGCAUUCAUCAUUUGGCUGGCAAGGCGAUUAAAAAAAGGUAUGUGA